UCCUAAACAUUCGACCUUUCUAAACACCAUAUGCUUUAUCCAAGUAUAUAUUGAACGGGUGAGUCUUAGAUAUACUGUUUAUUCAUGCAAGCAUGUCAUAGUCUGCUUAUGAUCCUGCGUAUCUGAGUACCAUUGGCAAACCAGGAACGAAGCAAAUUGGAUGUCAUUUCAUUCUAACUGAGAGAAAGGCAAGAGGUGACCUCAUGGCAACUUUGAUCUCCGGAGCUGUGCUUAGUGGAUUGGGUUCAACGUUCUUGAUCGGCAGGAGAAGCGGCGCUGGCCGUGGAGAGGUGAGAUUUGGCUGGAAGAAUGUGAUCAUUGCACCUCAGCGCAAGAAGUCAUGGGUCAUGGCAGCCGUGAAAGGCGAUGAUGGCAACUCAAAGCUAGAUCCAAAAUGGCUCGAUGAUGCCUCAGAGAAAGCUUCCGAGUACGUGAAGGAGAAAGGAAGCGAAGUUGGCCACUUGACUGCACAUGAAGGACAAGAGGUUUUAGAUCACAUACAGAGAGCAAAACACUACUUUAUGGAGAAAGCUGGUGUAGCCAUGGACAUGCUGACUGAAAAUGCUCACAUAGCUUCAGAUUUUGUGGCGGAAAAAGCCAAUGUGAUGGAGGAAGAAGCUGUUUCAAUUACAGAGAAAGCCAGAGAUUUCGUAGUCGAAAAAACAGGUGAAGCUAAAGAUUUCAUUGUCGAAAAAGCUGGUGAAGCCAAAGAGUUGGCGACGGAUAUGAGCAAAAGAACGGCUAUAUACGUUGGAGAGAAAGCUGCUGAGGCAAAAGAAGCCAUAUUACCUCCAAAAACUGAAGAAUAGAUUGUAUUUGUUUGGAUCCCUAACGUCUAAACAAAUACAAGAUGUUGAUAUACAAAACAUAAUUUUUAUCACGUAAGAAUAAAAAAACCGUUUAAUCAGUGGUUUAUCUUUUCAGUGAAAAUUUGAAUUCGAAUAUAUAUAUUUGCAAAAUAAGCCAUACACAGUUAUGUUGGUCGUUCCCGGUUCUCAGAUGUACAUUGGGAACCUAUACAUAUAAAUAAAUUUGAGGCAGUUGUUAUA